UUGGCUUCCUGUGAAGAUAGGUCAUCCUGUUCUCUGUUUCACAGUCUCUGUGCAGCUCUUUAACCUCAGUUGUCAGUCUUCUGUUUCUGCCUUUUGCCGAUUCCCUCAACAGAUUCUGUCUGAUUGAUCGUAAUGAGUUUGGGGAGCUCAGAAAUGGCUGGAAGUGCGCUGGGAAUGGCCUCCUCUCUCCUGCUCCUUGCCUCCAUUAUACAAGGUAAUCCUGGUACACAUGUGCUGUUGCUCAUAUAAUCAACAAGCCAUGAUGGGAUAUUCACUAUGGGUUUGAAUUGUGUACUGGUUUCCUGGCUGCCUCAGUUUAACGCUCUGAUUUUAUCUGCCUGCAUCCCAGUGGACUGGAGCCUAUAACACCAGCUUCAAAAGUGUGAGUGGUUUUGUCUUCUCAAUUUUAGUUUGCUUUAACACUACCUGAUGUGCUCAACAGGGAUCCAGGGCGUCGAGGUGUUCCAUUAUAAAAAGAUCGAGGCACUCGUGGGCCAGAAUGUAUCCCUACCCUGCUAUGUGAAAAAUCCCAAGCUAUUGAUAACUAGUAUUGAAUGGGUGAAGAUGCUGAAUGAGAGCGUAAAGCUGGCAGUAUAUGCUCCAGGUGCAGGAGUGCAUCCGUUCUGGUCUAACGUCACCAUCCUGACUGAGGGUGAAUCCAUGGGCUCUCUACAGCUUCGUGGAGUGUCAAAGUGGGACAGCGGUGUUUAUGUUUGUGCCCUUACCACCUAUCCUCUGGGCUCAUUCAAGAGAGAGACAGAGUUAAAGAUCAAAGGUAAGAUGUAAACAAUUACGUGACAGGCAACACUUACACUUACACGUUUUCCUUCCUGGUACCAAUGUCAAUACAAAUAUUAAUAAGAUUAUGAUACUGAUACAAGACACAAUGCUGAUGCCCUUAAGUAGUAUUUUACUUGAGUACUGGCUGAUACUGAGCACUUAUUUCAUACUAAAGAAAUAGAAACAUAACAUGAUAUCUGUACAGAUACUUGUAUGCAAGCUUAUGGUUGUUUGAUAUUUUAAAACUAUAAUUACCACAAAACUGGCACUGGGUUACACCAACUUAUGGUUGUUUGAUAUUUUAAAACUAUAAUUACCACAAGAUGGCAUCAGGUUGCACCAGCUACCUCUGAUAGUUCAAACAUAGAGUAGUUUACUUUAAUUUGUUUUAUUUCUAAUAGGACGGAGUUAACAUGCUUCUUACACUUUGAGGGUUGCACAAGAUGAGAUAGUUCCAAGUAAGGCAUAAGUCAUACCUUAGAAGUAACAUCUAGCUAUGAGUAAGUGUUAAGUCCCUCAUAAAACACCGGUUGUCAUGGCGUAUAAUUUUGACAGAGAGUAUAACUUAAAGGAUGAGGAGAAACAGAUAAUUUCACUGCUCUCUCUUGCCCAAAAUUGUUUGCUUUGAUUUUAUUUGGUUUGUCCACAAUGAUUUCAUCUGUACCAUUAUGCAACAGUAGAUUAAGUAUAUGUGUUUUGGUUAUCACCUUGUCAUAAUACUUUGCCAUCUUUUGCACAUCUUUGUAUUGCUGUUAGGAGAGCAGAGCACAGAUUUGUUACUUUGGUUAUCUGUCAAUCAUUUCUUUCUUAACUUUUAAAGUGGACGUUAAUUUGAAGAACAAUUAUAAAAACUUUUAUUACACAAUAUAAAAAAAUACUGUAGCAAAUAAACCACUUUCUAGUGGCUGGCCAAAAGAAGAGAUCAUGUAUUUUGUGACAAUAUUUUGGUCACUUUGGACUGCACGCUCUACAAGUGACCAAACAUGGUGGUGCGACCAAACAAUAACACCAGUUAAAGCUCCUGUGAGGAACUUUUAGUUUGUGUCAAUUUUGGCGCCCCCUUGUGGACUUAACAGCCUGUGCUUAUCUCCCGCUCCACUUGCUUAGCUUGUGUCUUCUGACAAAAAAAUCAUCCUGCUGCCUUUUUAUCGUCAAGUGUAUCAUAAACUGAAUAUUUCACAUGGAUAAUGAAAAAAAAACCAGGCCUUUUUCUCCAUCUGCCACCUACCCCCGCGAUUGGAUUGAGGUGUUAAAAAUUGCAGUAUAAAAAUCGUUAAUCUGGCCACUGAUAGUCUUGGUUGCUUUUGUAUGUUAUAAAAAGACAACCUUGUGAAAUUCAGUUUAUUUAAUAAACAUCAAAAAUCCCCUCACAGGAGCUUUAAGUUACAAACCAACAAGUUUCGACAUGUGGCUUAGUGUGGACUUGCAUCCUUACUUAAAUCACUACCUAACACUGAAUUUGGGGCGCUAAUUCGACAUAGUAUUGGAUUGAUGCAUUGACUGGCAUACUUGCCAAAAACCAUCAAAAGGUAUCUCUGAUUCUAUUAGCAGUAUUUACAUAAUUCAACUACAGGGACUUUUUCCUAAACUGUUGCAUAAAUUCGGUUGUGUCAGGGCAACACUCCUCUUAAAAGUUAUUUACUACUAACAAAAUGUACAUAAUAUUUGCACAACAGCAUCUAAGGGUUUUGUUUGCCACGGUAUACAUUUAUGUGUGUUCCCAUGUUUGGCCUAUUUUUCUAAUUAGUAGUACUUUAACACAAGUACAAUGCACUCUUACCUUCUUUUUAGUGGAAGUGAAGAGGUGUUACGACCACAAAUAGGUAGAGGAUAAUUACAGGAGGUGUUUAUAUUAAUAAGCUUUGCAUAUAGAAGCAACAAAGUGUGUUCAUUUUACAGCGGAUGUUUUACACACUUUGUUUUACAAGCGUUCUUGUGUCGUCAAUCCAAAUUAACCCACGUUUUGUCUUUAUUAGAUGUUGAAACAAUGUGCAAUGUUAAUAGCACUGUUACGGUCCAUGCUGGAGGAAAUGUGUCUAUUCACUGCUCACUGUUCCCUGAUGGACAGUACAGCUGGACCAAGGUAAUUGAAACCAGUUUAACAGCAGAUUUUUGCCAUCCCAGUAAUUUUGUUUUAUGUAAUACUAUCAUACCAAACAUUACAAUGAUAUGCUACAUUAUCUUGUUUUGCCAUAGAACAAGGAGCUGGUGUCAGUGAAUGAAUCUCUGGAGCUUUGGCAGGUGACAAAAGCUCACACAGGGGUUUAUACUCUCACUGUCAACACAGGAAACACAAGCGUGCAUAAAGAUUUUUUCAUCACAGUGCUAACUGAAACCACAAGCACAAGCAGAGGUAAAAUUGUGUUGUGUUUUUUUUUUUUAGCUGUUUCUCUCUUCGUGAGUUUCUCCAUUUCAGCAUUUCCUCAGGGCUUGAUAAACAAUAUAUUGAGAGGGCCCAGGAGACUGAAUGACUUAAUAAACUCCACUGGACCAGAGAGCUGAUACUUGACUUUUAUUAUUAUACUGCAGGCUCACUCAAUCUUAAUUUUUAAUUAGCCUGAUGGUAAAAAAUGAGAUUCAGAGGACCAGAAAUGUGAAUCAAAUGGGAGCUAUAGAUCUGUUAAGAGUAAAAAUCUCAACUUUUUAGUGCAAGUUAAUCCACCUCUGAAUUUUAACUCAAAAACAGACUAAGCCAAACGAAAGCAGGAUUUUCAUUUGUGAAACAACAAAGCUGCACUUUCUCUUCCCUUGCUCUUACAAAAGCUUGGCGUGGGACUUUGAGUGGGUAGCGCUGAAUCUGGGAAAUGUUGAUCAACUGUCUGCUUUCUCAUCCUGUAAACUUGUUUCUCAUGAGAAUUUGAAUACGCAAAACAGAAGCCACCGCAGACUCUGCCGGCUCUUCAACUCUGUCUUCUCUCAAAUCACAAAGGCGAAAACACUGAACUGAGUCUCUAAAUCAUGACACAGGGAAAGAGCACAAUCUGUUGGACAGAUUAGAGUAGUGCAGCUCAGACGAGCAGUUGAAAUCACUCUAACAGAACUCUUGAGAAGGACUCCGCUUUUCAUUGGAUCACCAUAUGAAGCAGAAAUGGAGUUUAUUUGAUAUGCCUCUAAAAAAGAAAAGAUGGCAUACUCUCAAUCACUCAUCUGUGUCCUACAGCUCAUGAAAACUAAGAUCAUUAAUGAUUCGUUCCAGGGGGGUUAAUGCGUGUUAAAAAACAAACAGUGGAAAAAAAGUUAGGCAUACUGGAUUAACUGUUCUCAUAAUUUAGGAAUACAUUUGCACAAUAAUGCUGACUUUGCAAUUCAUGCCAACACCUUUGCUUUGGGGUUAGUGCCCAUAUCUUCACGCUCCAGCUUCUUGAAUGAGCUCUUUGCCUUUUUUUAACCAUUGAUUAUGCACAGGGUGCUCAUAAAUGCCAACUCGGCCCAUGUUUUAAUGAUGUAUCACUGGGCACUAAAGUUUUGUGGUGCAUUAUUCAUACCUCUCUUUCUUUAUUCAGCUUCCCAUUGUGAAGCUUGUUGAAGUUUAAGUUUGAAAUUUCAGGGAACAAGUUUAAAAGUUUAUUUUUUUUCUCCCCUCACAUACUCUGGCAAAGCUGUUGGAACUAGUAAGGAAUCAUUUGUAGCAAACAACUUAAUGUUUAACCACAAAUCUUCUAAAUUUCCAUCUGUUUCGGUCUAAAUGGUUACCAGCUGUAACCAUUUGUUUCUGUUCUCAGUCCUUAUGCAAAGCUAAGAUAAUCUAGGCAAACUGGCUGCCUCUUUGGUCUGUCACACAAACAUUAAUAGUAUUGAUUUCUUUGAUUUAAUUCAUGGCAAGAAAGUGACUGAGCAUAUUUCCGAGCACUGUGAACUUGAGAUGUCCACAUUUAGUCGACUGUAAAACUUCAUAUAAUCACCCUUACUGGUGGCACCACAUUCACAAGUCGGAUAAAAUAUCAUUCAAUCAGUAAUAUUUUAUUAAUGUAGGCCUGACAAUUCUAGGCACAUGCUGCAUCUACCUGUAACGCAGCCACCCACCAACAGGGCUGUAGCCUUAAUGCCCUUCAACCCAAAUGCAAGCAAGCACAGGUGACAGAUGGUAUCUUGUAGUGCGGCAAAGUUUGGCAGUAUUUUUUAUGUUGACAGUGAUAAAUAUAUAAGCUGUAUGUAGACUUUGACGGAGCAGUGUGUCACUAAUACAGACAUAUAGACAUUAACCUACAAGGAGGACCAAAGGCUGGUGGUGCCAGCUCUGCUAAUGUUAGCCACAGUCUGCAAACUGAGACUUUGAAAUCAUAUGAUUGAGUAUAUUCUACACAAUUUGCUCAAUUUGACUGUUUACUGAGAGUUUUCCUACAUUUAGACUGGUAGGAUCAUAAGAAUGUAAAUUCCUGUUGAAUUACAAGGGAACUGAAAAAAAACUUAUUAUGAACCAAAUCAGCAACUUGGGCGGUUAACAUGUUUAAAACAUGUUAAUUCUUCUACUGUUAAAGUCUAAACACCCUUUUUUAUGUCUUUAUUUACAACAAGAGAGAUAACAGAGCAUUAUUUAUAUAUUUACUUGUAAUUCUGACACUGCACACUGGGUGGAGCUUUAGCUUAUUCUGAGCAUGAAGCAAAGGCACCAGGGUAACUGCAACCAAGUGUGUAUUAAAGCAAAAGAUAAUUAACUUAUACACACUGUUUUCUUGUGCUGGAUCAUUGAAAUCCUGAUAAUAAAGACUUGAAGUAAAUGUAUCACUGAAACAUAAUAAAAAAUCUGUGUUAGUUACUGGCUUUGUUGCUGUGUCAGAAGAUGUAUCCUCAGAUAUUUUCACUGAUUUAUACCUCAGAUUUUCUUUUUCAACAAGUCGUUGCUAUGCAUCUCAUAGCCAUUUUAGUACUGGGUGACAAUGCAGAACAUUGUUGUUGACAGUAUCAUUAUUGAAGUUUCCUUGUUUUGCUUCUUUCAGAUCUAAUCACAUUACCACCUCAGUCUAAUGGAACUGAGACAAGUUUGAGCCAAACCACAGACGGUAACCUCUCCAUGUCAAUGACCACUGUGCCUCCAACCAUCAACACCACUUUCACUUGGACAACGAGCGAUUCAACACUUAACUAUUCACACACGAGCCAUGUUACAACAACCUCUACCUACCAGGAACAUAGCACAUCGACCCCUGACCCGAAUCACUUUAACAGUACCACUCAUCAGCAGUUAAACCAGACUCAUGGUUUAAACACAUCCACGUUUCAUAACCAAUCAGCAGCCAGUAAUCUAUCCACAACACUAAGUUAUGGCAGCACUAUGUUCACUCCGACACAGGAGACGAGGAAUGAGUCCGGUGAGAGUGUUACGAAAAAGGAAGGCUAUCCAGGCCCAACUCCAACUCAGAGCAAUAGAGACAAAACAGUCAAUGAGGUUGCAGGUAAAUAUUGCUUCAUAUUUCACCUGUUAUUGCUCUAUGAAUCACAUAAAUUACACUUUUAGGAUGGAGUGUGUUCAAGAGAUUGAUGGGGUGGAUUAUGGGUUAAAUGUGCAUUUAGAGUCUUUCAUGUGAAACUUUAUGCAUCCCUUUGUUGGUCUGAAAAAGGCUUUUUAGAGGUACUUUCAGGCUGUUUUUGGCACAUUAUUUGCCCUGAGGGUUAUUAACUGAGGGAUAGCUAUGUUUGUGGCCAAUGAGGGGAGACCAGCAGCCGCAGCACCAGAAAGAAAACAAUAAAACUCUUUAAAGGAGCAAAUAAAUGCAGACAAAGCGCUAAAAGCCCAAAAGGCAAACCCCGAUGAAAACUCUUUAGCUUCCCCAUCUGCAUCUUCUGUCACACUUAGAGGCUGCACAGAGUCAGCUUUUCUCAGGAUAGACUCCUUUUUCAGGACCAAAAGUAUGUUAAAUGAAGCAUCAGAGUUUGAGGGGUGAAAGAAAAGGAAAACAGAAAACUUACUUUUCUGUUUCAAGGCAGAAAGUUUUACAAUUGUUGCCUCAUUUAUUUUAAAUAUUUGUUUGACCAGUGCCUUCUGACUGUCCCUAGGUCAAGAUUGAAGUUCAGGGGUGACCGGGCUUUUUCCGUCGUUGCACCUAAGCUCUGGAAUGCUCUUCCCUUUCAUGUCCGACUAUCCCCCUCACUGCCUGUUUUUAAAUCAAAUUUGAAACAGCACUUUUUAACUCCUGAAAACUUGGCCUUUUAAUCAUGUUUUUACUGAACCAUCUAUGUCCCCCUGUUUUUAAUGUGUUCCAGUGUCUUGAUUUAUUGUUCAUGUUAAUCGUCUGGCUCUUUUUAUUUUGUUUUUAAUUUUACUGUACAGCACUUUGGUCAGCGCUUUGUUGUUUGUUGGGUUGGAUCGGAUUGGAUUUGUUUGUGAUUGCCAAGUUUGACCAGGCUAACCUGAUCUAAUGCAUAAAAAACAACCUUGGUCAGUCCCUCAUUCUCUAUAUAUAUGCUUCCCAGGUACUGAUGGUAGCCGGAGUCGUCUGGUGUUGGUGAUAGUAAUCAUUCUGCUGCUGUCAUUGAUUGUGGUGGCCGGCGUCCUCUACAGGAGAAGUAUUAUGAAGCAAAGGUAAAUAAAUAUAUAUAAAUAUAUCACUAACCUAUAUGCUAAGCCAUCUUGUCUACCUGCCGGCAUUCAUUCAGUGUCAUGAAUUCUGUGACUCUGAAUUAAAUUCAAAGAGUGGGAUGGAUGGAUGAAAUCUUUUCAGUCUGCAUGCUUCCAGCUAACUUUCCUGCCAUCAGCUGAUAAAUGUGAUCUGUCUUUCUCCUUUUUAGGAUGGAUCUACCGCCUCCAUUCAAACCUCCUCCUCCCCCUGUCAAAUAUACAUCUGCGAGACAGCGUGAAACUUUCCCCAUCUCCAGGUGUAACUCGACGACUGAACCUGAAGAUGUGAAACAAAGCUUCAUUAGAAUGCCUGACAUUUUGCACAAUGAUAAUUCAUGAAUAACAUGCAGUAAUCAUGGGGAUGGAGUGUAAGCUGUAACCUGCAGAUAGAGCAAUAUGCAUCAUAAAGAGGAUUGUUUGCAGUUGUGGUCAGUGAAAUACAGUUGCAGGCAACUGUGCAGAAAUGAGGGGUCUAUAUGUCUAUAAUGAGUGGGGGUGGGGUGGGGUAAAUCGCCUGGUUUUGUUAAUCACAUGCAUAAACAGUCAUGAUUAAGUUUGUACAUUCAAAAAAUAAAGAGAUGAUUCUUCCUUUAACUUUGCAAA